AUGCAGAGGCCAAACACAGAACAGUCUGCACACAGAGGACACAGGACACAGAGCAGUCUGCACAGAGGACACAGAGCAGUCUGCAUACAGAGGACACAGAGCAGUCUGCACAGAGGACACAGAGGACACAGAGCAGUCUGCACAGAGGACACAGAGCAGUCUGCACAGAGGACACAGAGCAGUCUGCACAGAGGACACAAAGGACACAGAGCAGUCUGCACAGAGGACACAGAGGACACAGAGCAGUCUGCACAGAGGACACAAAGGACACAGAGCAGUCUGCACAGAGGACACAGAGCAGUCUGCACAGAGGACACAGAGGACACGGAGCAGUCUGCACAGAGGACACAGAGGACACAGAGCAGUCUGCACAGAGGACACAGAGGGCACAGAGCAGUCUGCAUACAGAGGACACAGAGCAGUCUGCACAGAGGACACAGAGCAGUCUGCACAGAGGACACAGAGGGCACAGAGCAGUCUGCACAGAGGACACAGAGGGCACAGAGCAGUCUGCACAGAGGACACAGAGGGCACAGAGCAGUCUGCAUACAGAGGACACAGAGCAGUCUGCAAACAGAGGGCACAGAGCAGUCUGCAAACAGAGGGCACAGAGCAGUCUGCAAACAGAGGGCACAGAGCAGUCUGCACAGAGGACACAGAGCAGUCUGCAUACAGAGGACACAGAGCAGUCUGCAUACAGAGGACACAGAGGACACAGAGCAGUCUGCAUACAGAGGACACAGAGCAGUCUGCAUACAGAGGACACAGAGCAGUCUGCAUACAGAGGACACAGAGGACACAGAGCAGUCUGCAUACAGAGGACACAGAAGACACAGAGCAGUCUGUAUACAGAGGACACAGAGCAGUCUGUAUACAGAGGACACAGAGCAGUCUGCACAGAGGACACAGAGCAGUCUGCACAGAGGACACAGAGCAGUCUGCAAACAGAGGACACAGAGGGCACAGAGCAGUCUGCACAGAGGACACAGAGCAGUCUGCAUACAGAGGACACAGAGCAGUCUGCAAACAGAGGACACAGAGGGCACAGAGCAGUCUGCACAGAGGACACAGAGCAGUCUGCAAACAGAGGACACAGAGCAGUCUGCAAACAGAGGACACAGAGGACACAGAGUAGUCUGCACAGAGGACACAGAGCAGUCUGCAAACAGAGGACACAGAGCAGUCUGCAUACAGAGGACACAGAGCAGUCUGCAUACAGAGGACACAGAGCAGUCUGCACAGAGGACACAGAGCAGUCUGCAUACAGAGGACACAGAGCAGUCUGCAUACAGAGGACACAGAGCAGUCUGCACAGAGGACACAGAGCAGUCUGCAUACAGAGGACACAGAGCAGUCUGCAUACAGAGGACACAGAGCAGUCUGCACAGAGGACACAGAGCAGUCUGCAAACAGAGGACACAGAGUCUGCACAGAGCAGUCUGCACAGAGGACACAGAGCAGUCUGCAAACAGAGGACAGAGGAGUCUGCAUACAGAGGGCACAGAGCAGUCUGCAAACAGAGGACACAGAGUAGUCUGCAUACAGAGGACACAGAGCAGUCUGCAUACAGAGGACACAGAGUCUGCACAGAGGACACAGAGCAGUCUGCAUACAGAGGACACAGAGCAGUCUGCAAACAGAGGACACAGAGGGCACAGAGCAGUCUGCACAGAGGACACAGAGCAGUCUGCACAGAGGACACAGAGCAGUCUGCAUACAGAGGACACAGAGCAGUCUGCAUACAGAGGGCACAGAGCAGUCUGCAUACAGAGGGCACAGAGCAGUCUGCAUACAGAGGACACAGAGCAGUCUGCAUACAGAGGGCACAGAGCAGUCUGCAAACAGAGGGCACAGAGCAGUCUGCAUACAGAGGACACAGAGCAGUCUGCAUACAGAGGACACAGAGCAGUCUGCAUACAGAGGACACAGAGCAGUCUGCAUACAGAGGGCACAGAGCAGUCUGCACAGAGGGCACAGAGCAGUCUGCAUACAGAGGACACAGAGCAGUCUGCAUACAGAGGACACAGAGCAGUCUGCAUAGAGGACACAGAGCAGUCUGCAUACAGAGGGCACAGAGCAGUCUGCACAGAGGACACAGAGCAGUCUGCAUACAGAGGACACAGAGCAGUCUGCACAGAGGACACAGAGCAGUCUGCAUACAGAGGGCACAGAGCAGUCUGCAUAGAGGACACAGAGCAGUCUGCACAGAGGACACAGAGGGCACAGAGCAGUCUGCACAGAGGACACAGAGGGCACAGAGCAGUCUGCAUACAGAGGGCACAGAGCAGUCUGCAAACAGAGGGCACAGAGCAGUCUGCAAACAGAGGGCACAGAGCAGUCUGCACAGAGGACACAGAGCAGUCUGAAAACAGAGGACACAGAGCAGUCUGCAUACAGAGGACACAGAGGACACAGAGCAGUCUGCAUACAGAGGACACAGAGCAGUCUGCAUACAGAGGACACAGAGGACACAGAGCAGUCUGCAUACAGAGGACACAGAGGACACAGAGCAGUCUGCACAGAGGACACAGAGCAGUCUGCAUACAGAGGACACAGAGGACACAGAGCAGUCUGCAUACAGAGGACACAGAAGACACAGAGCAGUCUGUAUACAGAGGACACAGAGCAGUCUGUAUACAGAGGACACAGAGCAGUCUGCACAGAGGACACAGAGCAGUCUGCACAGAGGACACAGAGCAGUCUGCAAACAGAGGACACAGAGGGCACAGAGCAGUCUGCACAGAGGACACAGAGCAGUCUGCAUACAGAGGACACAGAGCAGUCUGCAAACAGAGGACACAGAGGGCACAGAGCAGUCUGCACAGAGGACACAGAGCAGUCUGCAAACAGAGGACACAGAGCAGUCUGCAAACAGAGGACACAGAGGACACAGAGUAUCUGCAUACAGAGGACACAGAGGACACAGAGCAGUCUGCAUACAGAGGACACAGAGCAGUCUGCAUACAGAGGACACAGAGGACACAGAGCAGUCUGCAUACAGAGGACACAGAGGACACAGAGCAGUCUGCACAGAGGACACAGAGCAGUCUGCAUACAGAGGACACAGAGGACACAGAGCAGUCUGCAUACAGAGGACACAGAAGACACAGAGCAGUCUGUAUACAGAGGACACAGAGCAGUCUGUAUACAGAGGACACAGAGCAGUCUGCACAGAGGACACAGAGCAGUCUGCACAGAGGACACAGAGCAGUCUGCAAACAGAGGACACAGAGGGCACAGAGCAGUCUGCACAGAGGACACAGAGCAGUCUGCAUACAGAGGACACAGAGCAGUCUGCAAACAGAGGACACAGAGGGCACAGAGCAGUCUGCACAGAGGACACAGAGCAGUCUGCAAACAGAGGACACAGAGCAGUCUGCAAACAGAGGACACAGAGGACACAGAGUAGUCUGCACAGAGGACACAGAGCAGUCUGCAAACAGAGGACACAGAGCAGUCUGCAUACAGAGGACACAGAGCAGUCUGCAUACAGAGGACACAGAGCAGUCUGCACAGAGGACACAGAGCAGUCUGCAAACAGAGGACACAGAGUCUGCACAGAGCAGUCUGCACAGAGGACACAGAGCAGUCUGCAAACAGAGGACAGAGGAGUCUGCAAACAGAGGACACAGAGUAGUCUGCAUACAGAGGACACAGAGCAGUCUGCAUACAGAGGACACAGAGCAGUCUGCAUACAGAGGACACAGAGUCUGCACAGAGGACACAGAGCAGUCUGCAUACAGAGGACACAGAGCAGUCUGCAAACAGAGGACACAGAGGGCACAGAGCAGUCUGCACAGAGGACACAGAGCAGUCUGCACAGAGGACACAGAGCAGUCUGCAUACAGAGGACACAGAGCAGUCUGCAUACAGAGGGCACAGAGCAGUCUGCAUACAGAGGACACAGAGCAGUCUGCAUACAGAGGGCACAGAGCAGUCUGCAUACAGAGGACACAGAGCAGUCUGCAUACAGAGGGCACAGAGCAGUCUGCAUACAGAGGGCACAGAGCAGUCUGCAAACAGAGGGCACAGAGCAGUCUGCAUACAGAGGACACAGAGCAGUCUGCAUACAGAGGACACAGAGCAGUCUGCAUACAGAGGACACAGAGCAGUCUGCAUACAGAGGACACAGAGCAGUCUGCAUACAGAGGGCACAGAGCAGUCUGCACAGAGGGCACAGAGCAGUCUGCAUACAGAGGACACAGAGCAGUCUGCAUAGAGGACACAGAGCAGUCUGCAUACAGAGGACACAGAGCAGUCUGCACAGAGGACACAGAGCAGUCUGCAUACAGAGGGCACAGAGCAGUCUGCACAGAGGACACAGAGCAGUCUGCAUACAGAGGGCACAGAGCAGUCUGCAUACAGAGGGCACAGAGCAGUCUGCAUAGAGGACACAGAGCAGUCUGCAUAGAGGACACAGAGCAGUCUGCAUAG